GUUUCCCACUUGCCUCUCACCGUCUUCCACACCGCCGCUGUCAUUCUUGCAUCAGCCCACCUCGAUCACGAAGACGUCCUCCUCGACAAGGACGCCCCUCAAGCCGGCCGGCCAUUCGUUGUUACGGAUCCGAAUCCCCCUAUCUCGUACAGUGACUUGUACAAUGCCAUCUCCACCCUGUCCGUUCGCCCUUUCCGUACCGUAACCCUGCCGCCGGUUUUCGUCGCGGUCCUGUCGUACGCCGUCGAGUGGCACCGUCUGCUGCCGUAUCGAAUACCCUUUCUGAGAAGGUUCCUCCCGGACGUCAAGGGAGCUUUGAGGCACUUGCAGCCCGGUAUCAUCUCCAUCUGCACCCAUUUGACCGGGUCGGAUGCGGACGCCCGGAAGCCAGCGGACCGAGGCGGACUCGGCCACCAUGGAGUUAUCACGACGUUGGAGGGAAUGGUGCUGGAGAUCCUAGAAUGGAAUCGAGAACACCAAGGCCACAACGGCGGGCCGAGGGGAAAGAAGCUGUACACGACUUCAACCUCGGUAGCCGAGCAGCUUCGCCAA